AUGCAGCUUCGAAACCAGCUCGCCGCCUCCCUCGGCUUCGCGGCCACGGCCGCCGCCCAGGCGUACCAGGGGUUCAACUACGGCGCGACGAACAACGACGGGUCGUGCCGCGGGUACGAUGACUUCCGGGGGUUCUUCGAGCGGGCGAAAGGGCUCGCGGGGACGGAGGGGCAGUUCACGGCGGCGCGCCUGUACACGUCGAUCCAGUGCGGGACGGCGGCGGACCCGAUCUCGGCGUACCAGGCCGCCAUCGACACGGACACGCAGAUCCUCGUUGGCCUGUGGGCCAGCGCCGGCCGCGCCGCCUACGAGAACGAGCUGAACGCCCUCAUCAGCGCCGCCAAGCAGCUCGGCACCGCAUUCACCGACCGCAUCAUUGGUGUUAGUGUCGGCUCUGAGGACCUCUACCGCGCCAGCCCGACCGGCCAGCAGAACAAUGCAGGCCCUGGCGCGACGGGCGCGGAGAUCGAGGGGUAUAUCGGAUGGAUGCGAGAUUGGUUCCGGGGAACGCUGCUAGAGGGCAAGCCCAUCGGCCACGUUGAUACUUGGACCGCCUGGGUCCUUCCGGAGAACGCGGGCGUUGCCGCCUCCGUCGACUUCCUGGGCCACAACGGGUUCCCAUACUUCGAGAACACCAAGCCCAACUCCAUCGACCUCGCCGCCGACAACUUCUGGUCCGCCGUGCAGCAGACCGAGAGCGUGGCGGCUGGCAAGCCAGUCUUUAUCACUGAGACCGGUUGGCCUAGCAUGGGCCCCCAGUCCGGCGACGCCAUCGCCUCGGUCGAGAAUUCGCAGCGCUACUACUCGCAGGUGGGGUGCGCGCUCUUCGGCCAGCGCACGACCUUCUGGUACACGCUCGUGGACGCCAACACGGCGCAGACGGAGCUCUCGUUCUCGCUCACGCCGCUCGACAGCGCCACGCCCAAGUUCGAUCUCACAUGCUAA